AUGGACGAGGCGUCGGACUUCGGCGCCGGGGAGCGAGUUCCCAAGCUCGACCUGAGUACGGUGGACUUGGGGACCAGCCUGCAGCAGGCUCUGGGCAGAGCAGACGCAGUUUUAAUGGAAUUGAAGACUCUUCGGUGCCGAGCCCAUGCCGCCAAGCCAAAAGUAGCACCGCAGCGCAACCAGGUCUUCCACCCCAAGCCACCUGUUGCCAAGCCCGCCAUCCCCUCCAACAGCACCCCAGCCAAACGCAAGGCUCCCCCAGGGGAGGCGACAAAUGCGCCCCCCCUGCGGGCCACCCGCUUCGUCAUGGCGCAGGCUGCCGAGCGCUCGGAUGGAGGCCGUCCCGGCCCCAAUCCUCGGCUCCGGCACGCGCAGACAGCGCCACCGCCAGGCACCCGCGCCCUCCUGGCCGUGGGCGGCGGCCGCCGCGAGGCGGCCGAGGCGCUGCGGGCGAUGACCGCUCGGGGCGCGAGGGUGUGGAAGCGCUGGGCGCGCACGGCGGGCAUGAGCAAGGGGUCCAGCCGCCGCCUGCGGCUCAGGGUGGGCGACGGCGGGGAGGGCCCGCGCCGGCGGCAGGUCGGCUACCGUCGAGGCUGGUUCAGGAGCGCACGCUGGUUUGGCAUCGACGGCGUGCUCGUCCCCCGCGACAGCAACUGGCCCAGUCUGCUCCUCCGCACCAGCGAGGGCGUCCUCCAGGCGGACUUCGAGAGCGAGGCGGCGCAGGCUGCCGCGCUCGUCGCGCUGGCGGCCGGCCUGGCUGCAGCGCCGGCUGGAGCGCCGCUGGCCGAGGUCCCCUGCCCGCCGGCCAUCCGCUUCCUGCCCCCGGCCACGUGA